AUGCCCCCCCGAGUUCCGCCCGCGGGCGUGUGGUGCCCUGCUGUAACCUUCUUCGACCCUACGUCCGAUACGCUUGACCUACCUUCACAAAAGAAGUACUACAGCUACCUCUCACGCUCCGGACUCGCUGGCCUGGUCAUCCUAGGUACCAAUGCAGAGGCAUUCCUUCUCACGCGGGAAGAACGGGCAGAGCUCAUCGCCGCCGCCCGUGAAGCCGUAGGACCCGACUACCCCCUCAUGGCCGGCUGUGGUGGUCAUUCUACCCGCCAGGUGCUUCAGUAUAUCCAAGACGCAGUGACGGCGGGGGCCAACUACGUCCUGGUGCUUCCUCCAGCGUAUUUCGGCAAGGCUACCACGCCGACCGCGGUUAGGUCAUUUUUCAACGACAUUUCAGGUAGUUCUCCACUGCCGGUGGUUAUUUAUAACUUCCCAGCAGUCUGUAACGGAGUUGACCUCGAUUCGGAGUCGAUAAAGGCCAUCGCACGGGGCAAUCCGAACAUUGUCGGGGUGAAGCUUACCUGCGCCAGCGUCGGCAAGAUAACCAGGCUGGCGGCGGAACUCUCCCCAGAGACGUUUUCUGUGUUUGGCGGGCAGUCUGAUUUCUUGAUUGGAGGAUUGAGUGUGGGUUCGGCCGGGUGCAUUGCUGCGUUUGCAAACGUCUUCCCCAAGACCAUCUCGAAGGUAUACGAAUUGUAUAAGGCUGGCAAGGUUGAAGAAGCGUUGCAGCUGCAUCGGACGGCGGCGUUAGCCGAGUCGCCAUGCAAAUCAGGGAUCGCUUCGACCAAGUAUGCGGCGGCGAUAUUCAGUGCAAAGGCAGCUGGGAUCAAAGACGCGGAAGAGAGGCUGCGGCCCCGACGACCGUACGAACCGCCGACAGAAGCUGCAAAGGAGAACGUGAAGAAGUUUAUGGCCGAGGUCGCCGUCAUAGAGGCCGCUCUGUAA